AUGUUGACGCUCGAAUCAGAAACUUACGAUCCCACGGAGCCAUUCUGGAAGGUUGUAAAGAUUAACCAAGCCCUUCAUUUAACCAAGGCGAAAACCCUCUCAGCAGCAGAGCAAUUAGUUGAGACGGAGAGGGAUAGUGCCAUUGAUAAACUUGGGCGAGAACUUAAGAACCACGUUCUCGACAGCGCACAUUAUGAGGCAUUACAAGACUAUGUUAUGCCGGUGACGGUGGAGACCACUACCGAUGAGCUUCCCAAUAUCACACAAGAAGAUGUUGCAGAGUUGCGCCAACAAGAAAAUUGGCUUGAUAACGAUAUCUUCCAGCCAAAUAAUCAUGAACAGGCGUGCGAAAGGUGUGUCCCGCAAGCCCGCGGCUACCCGGGAUGGUCCGGAGGGCUGUACUUAAAGUCUGGCAGCCAUGCGCUAUUUGGAGGUUCAUGGAGAUAA